AUGAUUAAUUACAUUAUAAAACGCAAAGAAAAGAAAGAACAAGAGAAAACAACAACAAUAUUUAAAAUUUCACAAUCAAAUAUCAAAUUUAUAUCACUUGGAGAUGGAAUAAUAACAAAUAAAAAAGAAAUAGAAAUAGGAGAAGGAGAAAAAAUUGAAGUAAAUAAAGAAAUCAGAGAAUUAAUAUGUAUUGGAAAUGAAAAGAAAGAAAAAAAGAAAAUACAAAUAAGUAGUAAAGAAGAAAAUGAAAAAUAUUCAAUUAGAACAAACCCAAAUAUCAUUACAAUUGAAGGAGGAUAUGCAUGUGAAUUUGAAAUAUUCAUUACAAUCAAAUGUACUACUAAAAUUAAAGAACAAAUAAUGAUAAUUAGUAAAACACUUAAUAAAACACAAGAAGAAAUAAUUAAAAGUAUUUCAAUUAAAGGAGAAACACAAAUAUCAACACGACUUGAUCCCGAUGAAAUAAAAGAAGAAAAUAAAAUAGGAGAAGGAACAUUUAGAAUUGUAUAUAUAGGAGAAUUUAGAGGAAAUCAAGUAUCAAUUAAGAAAAUGAAACAAAUUGAUAAAGAUGAAGAUAAAAUGAAAGAAUUUGAGAAAGAAGUAAUGAUGUUAGAUAAAAUUCGAAGUGAAUAUAUUAUUCAUUUUUAUGGAGCAGUAUUUAUUCCUAAUAAAAUAUGUAUUGUAACAGAAUAUGCAAAAUAUGGAUCAAUACAAGAUUUAAUUAAUAAAAGAACAAACACGGAAAUACCUAAUAAAAUAAGAAUUAAAUUCAUGAUAGAUGGAGCAAAAUGA